GGCCCGGAGCCCGGACAGGCUGGCACUGGGAGCGCACCGGGCUGCCCUUACCCCUGCCGCCGGCUUAGCCCCCGGUGCCGCGGCAGGUGCGCGGCAGAGCCGCGGACAGACGGCGAUGGGACGGAGGGACGGACACCCACCCCCCGCCCCGCGGAGCCGCCCCGCGCCCCGCACUCACAUCCGGGGCCGGGUUUGCUAAUGACAGACGUAAUUAACCCGGAAAGAAGCGACGGCGGAGCCAGGGGCACACCCCCUCCGCCGCCCGUCCGUCCUCCUCCUCGCAGCGCUGCCCGGCGCCCGCAGCCCCCGCCGCCCCCCGCCCGCCCGGGACGCCGCGGGAUGAAGAGCUGUAUCCAGCCUCCUCCCGACAGGCUGAUAGUUUCAUUAAGGCAAAGAUCUGCAAUUAGUAGGAGCGAGUUGCUGGGCGCUGCCUACCCCGUCUGUCUCGUGGGUCGGGACAGACGUCGCAGCGUGGGCUCCGGGAGCUGCUCCGCGACCGCAGCAGCACGGUUCCCAUGAGCCAAGCCCUGAUACCCAUCUCUGAAAUGUUGGUGGUAGACUGAGAUCCUGACAGCAGGGUGAUGCCAGAAGGAGCCCGGCAUGCCGUACCUGGACCGACAGAACCGUAUCUGCGGCUUCCUGGACAUCGAAGAAAAUGAGACCUGUGGCAAGUUUCUGCGGAGGUAUUUCAUCCUGGACACCCAGGCCAACCACCUCCUGUGGUACAUGGACAAUCCUCAGAACCUGGCCAUCGGAGCAGGUGCUGUCGGAUCUCUGCAGCUGACCUAUAUCUCCAAGGUUAGCAUUGCCACCCCGAAACAGAAGCCUAAAACUCCGUUCUGCUUUGUUAUCAACGCCCUCUCCCAGCGCUAUUUCUUGCAAGCCAGUGACCAAAAGGACCUGCAGGACUGGGUGGAGGCACUGAACAGGGCCAGUAAGAUCACGGUGCCAAAGGGUGGCAGCGUCCCACCGGCCACAGAAAUCACCAAACCUCCGGUGGUGCCCCAGGCCCAGGAGAAGAAGCCCCAGGUGGCCUACAAAACAGAGAUUGUUGGGGGGGUAGUGGUCCACACACCCAUCUCCAUCAACCAGGACGGGGAGGGCAGCGAGGUGGGCGCGCACCCUCUGCUGCGGCGCUCGCAGAGCUACAUCCCCCCCUCGGCCACCAAGCCGCCCGCCGGGCCAGCCCCGCUCAAGAGCGGCUUCUGCGUCAAGCAGGGCAACGUGAGGAAGAGCUGGAAGCGGCGGUACUUUGUUCUGGAUGAGUUUUCCAUCAGUUACUACAAGUGUGAGCAGGACAAGGAGCCUUUGCGUUCGAUUCUCUUGAAAGAUGUUUGCAAGACCCACGAGUGCCUGGUCAAGUCUGGUGACCUCCUGAUGCGAGACAACCUCUUUGAAGUCAUAACAAGCUCCAGGACCUUCUACAUCCAGGCAGACAGCCCCGAGGAGAUGCACAGCUGGAUCCGGGCAAUCACAGGGGCAGUGCAGGCCCUGAAAACCCGUCCCAGGGAGAUGUCCUUUAUGAGAUCCACCUCCGUGGCCAGGCCCGGCGGCUCCUCGGGCCCCUCGCAGCCGCGGCCUUCGGCGGAGGAGCGGCGAGCGUCGUGCAAGGCGCCGUCCACGAGCUCCUGGCAGCCCUGGACGCCGGUGCCGCAGGCCGAGGGGCAGCGGCCGGCGCUGGGGGGGCUGCCAGCCCCGCUCAGGGACUCGGUGUUCGUGCCGGCGCUCACGGAGCGCCAGGGCAGGGCCGCGCCCGGCACGCGCCUGCGGCACCGCUCCGAGCCGCAGCACCUCAAGGAGAAGCCGUUCGCCUUCGACCUGGAUGAUGAAAGUAUCCGGACCUCCGACGUCUGAGAGAGCAGCGAGCCACCCCCGGCUCCGCACGCCGCCUCCCCGGAUCCCUGUGGGGCGGUUUGGGGCACGCCAGGUGGUUCCUUCCCUCCGCCACAGCUCUUCCCUGCGACGCGGGAUCCGUCCGCAGCCACGUCCACACAGGGUGCACCACCCCACCACAGGGUCCCUGGCUGCUCCUGCCCAGGCCUGGCCCCAGUGCUUCCAUGUCUUGGAAGGUGCUUCCAGGCACUGCCGGCGCGCACUGUGCAGGGCAGGAGAUGCUGGGGACCUGUACGAGGGGACAUCUUCUGCAAUUGCAUCGUUUCCCCCACAAACCAGGUCUGGAGGAAGUGGCAGGAGGUCUUGAAGGAGUGAGGGGGAGUGUGGCCUUUCUUGUGUUUGUAAAAUGUUUCUCUCCCCUUUGCUGCUGCUCAGAUUCCCCAGGGCAGAGCUGGGAGCCACCAGCCUGCAGCUGCCCACACAGGGGACUCACUGCAGCUUCCCCUUAUGGUGACUUAUUCCCUCUGAAAUCUUCCCACUGCCCACACAAGGGUUUAUCAGCAAUCUGCUGGCUUUUAAUUAUGUCUUUUUAUACCUGUGGCUCCUGUUGAACCCCAGCCUGGGCAGAUACUCAGCCCCUCCAAAGGCUUUUGGUACUUCCUGAGCAUGAGCCAGGGUAGGCAGCUGGAGCCACCGUGGCUCCCAGGUGGGAGCACCCUCAGGUGUGAUGUUAGUUUUGCACUGCACACACCAGGGCACAGGUAGCCGUGCCAGAUGGUGAAGGGCUUUUAGUAAAAAGCAAUGAAAACCAGCCAUGAUGGAGCUGGGCAGACUUGCCCGGCCAACUCACCCCCUGCCUGCCCGAGAUGGAAACCAGCAGGAGUUUCUAGAGCAAUGUGAAUCGUCAUUUCCAUAACCUAAUGAGCUCCUGUAGGUGUGAUAAAUAGUGUGUAGAAAAUCCAGGUGUUCCCUCGGCAGAGAUUGUCUGAUACCUUCACCCCACAAGUGUGUGCAAUCCCCACAAGUGUGUGCAAUCCCCACAAGUGUGUGCAAUCCCCACAAGUGUGUGCAAUCCCCGCGUGCCGAGCGAGAACUCAGCUCUCCUCUCCCUUCCCUGGCUGUGACACGUCCUCUGCUCUGCAAGCUCAGCCCAGUGUGUUCCCUGGGAGCAGAACAUGUGGUUUGUCCCAGCCCUUUUGGGGCCUCCAGCUGUUUGACAGCUGUGCCUGAGCCUUGACUAGCCUGACUGACCUUAAUGUGAUGCCAGCUGUACCUUCCUGCCUCGGUGCCUGUGGGGCUGCUGUGGGAUGGGCACAGCACAGGUACCUCUGUGCCACUGGGGGAGGCAGGAAUGGGGUCUCCCAAGUUCAGGGGGAAGAGGGUCUCAAAGGGGAUUGUGUGGAGGUGCUGGAGGACACAGAGACCAUGAAAAUGAGUGGGAAUCGAUGCAAACGGUACAGGGCGAGUGUUAAUAUUAUUUAAUUGUAGCUACCUAGAUCCUGCUCUUCCUUUUUCUGCUCCUUUUUGCUUUAUUUGCACUAGAGUUUGAAACUUUCAUUUUUUUAGACUGACUUGCUGUUUGGCUCCUAACACUGUUUCAAGAAUGUUUUCAGUAGUUUGGCAAGCCCACCCAUCAGAGAGUCUCAGUUUUGGAGAGCAGGGAAUGCAGAGGGAUGAUGGUUCUUUUGUGCAAGGCCUUGGAACCACAGACUCCUGAGUAUUCCUGGUGCUUGAUAAUUGCACAGUUUCCUCAGGCCUGGGAAGGUAAAGCAGAAGCUUGUUGCACAAUUAAGGUAAUUAUGCAGGAGCAGAAACUACCAGUGGCUCCAGCACUAUUGCAACAUUCCUUUUGCUCGUUCCCACCCUCCUGCAUCCCCAGGACAGCACAGAGGCUGCAGGUGAGGUUCAAACAAGUGUGGAGCUCAGCUGGGCUCCAGAGCUGUCCACAACACAGGUGGUGUUGGGAGGGAGGGAUUUCCCUCCCGUUCCAGAGGGCUGGGUGGAUGCAGCCAGACCUCGAUGGAGCUUUGUGGUGAUUUUAAAGCAAACUGGUUCCCCUCAGCUCUGUGUUGGCUCCUGGCUCAGGCGUGGAUGGUCUCACCCCCCCGGAGCUGCUCCCUCCUGAGUCGUGUGCUGUGGGGCUGGGGGUGCUGCACAUUUGGGGUGCCUUGUGGGGGGCAGAGUGGUGGGAGAGAGGGGUUUGCUAUUCCCACGUGGUUCCAGAUGUUUCUGGAGGUGCUGGCUGGAGAUUCCAAGUGCUCUUAGGGCUGGGGCCCUCUGUGACUCCCGGGGUGGGGGCUACCUGCCUCCCACCCCUCGCCUGUACAUGCUGCAAUGCCCUUUCUCCCCCGUGUUUUUAAAUAAAGAAGGAAAUCCCGGU